GCCGCAUUGUCCCGGGCCCCGAGUCCCGGCCCUGAGCCGCGCCGCCGCCUGCGGGGCCAUGCGGAGAGCCGCCGGGAUGGAGGACUUCGCGGAGGACGAGGAGCCCUGGUACGACCAGCAGGACCUGGAGCAGGACUUGCACUUGGCCGCUGAGCUGGGGAAGACACUGCUGGAGAGGAACAAAGAGCUGGAGGAGUCACUACAGCAAAUGUACUCCACCAACGAGGAGCAAGUGCAGGAGAUUGAGUACCUGAGCAAGCAGCUGGACACACUGCGGCAUGUGAACGAGCAGCACGCCAAAGUGUAUGAGCAGCUGGACCUAACGGCCCGCGACCUGGAGCUGACUAACCAGAAGUUGGUGCUGGAGAGUAAGGCUGCCCAGCAGAAGAUCCGUGGACUGACGGAAACCAUUGAGCGUCUGCAGGCCCAAGUGGAGCAGCUGCAGGCCCAGGUGGAGCAGCUUCGGGGUCUGGAGCAGCUGCGGGCUCGCAGAGAGAAGCGGGAGCGCAGGCGCACCAUUCACACCUUCCCCUGCCUCAAGGAGCUGUACACCAGCCCCCGGUGUGAGGACGCCUUUCGCCUGCACAGUUCCUCACUGGAGCUGGGGCCUCAGCCCCUGGAGCAGGAGAAUGAGCGGUUGCAGACGCUGGUGGGCGUGCUGCGAUCCCAGGUGGGCCAGGAGCGACAGCGCCGGGAGCAGGCAGAGCGUGAGUACGCAGUGGUGCUGGGAGAAUACUCGGAACUGGAGCGGCAGUUGUGUGAGAUGGAGGGCUGCCGCCUCCGCAUGCAGGAGCUGGAGGUGGAGCUGCUGGAGCUGCAGCAGAUGAAGCAGGCGAAGACCUACCUGCUGGGCCGGGAGGACCACCUGGCCGAGGCCCUGCUGGUGCCACUCACCCAGGCCCCUGAGGCCGAUGACCCCCAGCCGGGCAGUGGGGAUGACUCCGGCAUCCAGGACUGCAUCUCCUCCCCAGCCACCUCCCCGGGCCACGCGGUGCGCAAGAGCUGCAGUGACACCGCCCUCAACGCCAUCGUGGCCAAGGACCCUGCCAGCCGGCACGCGGGCAACCUCACUCUGCACGCCAACAGCGUGCGCAAGCGGGGCAUGUCCAUCCUGCGUGAGGUGGACGAGCAGUACCACGCGCUGCUGGAGAAGUACGAGGAGCUGCUGAACAAGUGCCGGCAGCACGGGGCGGGGGUGCGGCAUGCGGGCGUGCAGACCUCCAGACCCGUUUCCCGGGACAGCUCGUGGCGGGACCUGCUGGGAGGGGAGGAGGGCCAGGGGGAGCCCAAGGCUGGUGAGAAAAGCCUGAGCCAGCACGUGGAGGCCGUGGACAAGCGGCUGGAGCAGAGCCAGCCUGAGUACAAGGCGCUGUUCAAGGAAAUUUUCUCCAGGAUCCAGAAGACCAAGGCUGACAUCAACGCCACGAAAGUCAAGACACACAGCAGCAAGUGACAUCCCUUCCAGGCCUGCAGCCUCCCCAGCCUCAUGCCUAGGCCAAAGGCUCCUGGACGUUCUUGCCUCUGGUGAACAAGGGGACCUCUCCUCUGCCCCCCUUAGUAGCAAUAUAUCCAGUGAUGGCCAUUGUAACUCUAGAGGGUUGGGGGGGCCAGCAUGUUCCCUGCUGACAAGGGAGGCUGUCGGCACCCCA